AGCCCCCGGCGCCAUGUGAGGGGGCUCGGGGGCCGCGGGGGGCCGGGCGCUCCCCGGGGGAGGCUCAUCUGUGAAUUGGGGAGUGAGAGCCCCUACCAUGCAGUGUUGCCAGGAAGACUGAAUGAGGAAACUGAGGCUCAGAGAGGUACAUGACUUGCCCUAAGGCCUCUCAGCCAGUAAGUGGUGGAACCGGGAUUCACACUUGAACCUGAGAUGCUGUAUUGACCAUGGCCUUCUCAAGAGCAGGAUUGUGACGGGGCUGACCAGGGGACCAUGGUCCUGGCUGAGGGCACUGCUCAGGCAAAGAGCCCUCUGGACUUGAAUCAGCUGGAGGCGGCUGGGCACAAGUACUUGUUUCCGUGUGACAGGUGUGAGCCCACAUCCCCGCCCCCUGGGCCCCGUGCAGGACGCUGGCUCCUGCCCCUCAGCAGACGCCGGAGAGAGAUGAGUAGCAACAAAGAGCAGCGGUCAGCAGUGUUCGUGAUCCUCUUUGCUCUCAUCACCAUCCUCAUCCUCUACAGCUCCAACAGUGCCAACGAGGUCUUCCAUUAUGGCUCCCUGCGCGGCCGCAGUCGCAGGCCGAUCAACCUCAAGAAGUGGAGCAUCACCGAUGGCUAUGUCCCCAUUCUUGGCAACAAGACACUGCCCUCCCGGUGCCACCAGUGUGUGAUUGUCACCAGCUCCAGCCACCUGCUGGGCACCAAGCUGGGCCCUGAGAUUGAACGGGCCGAGUGCACAAUCCGCAUGAAUGACGCGCCCACCACGGGCUACUCGGCAGACGUGGGCAACAAGACCACCUUCCGCGUGGUGGCCCAUUCCAGUGUCUACCGCGUGCUGAAGAGGCCCCAGGAGUUUGUCAACCGGACCCCCGAAACCGUGUUCAUCUUCUGGGGGCCCCCGACCAAGAUGCAGAAGCCCCAGGGCAGCCUGGUGCGCAUCAUCCAGAGGGCAGGCCUGGUGUUCCCCAACAUGGAGGCCUACGCCGUCUCUCCCGGCCGCAUGCGCCAAUUUGAUGACCUCUUCCGGGGUGAGACAGGCAAGGACAGGGAGAAGUCCCACUCGUGGCUGAGCACGGGCUGGUUCACCAUGGUGAUCGCGGUGGAGUUGUGUGACCAUGUGCACGUCUACGGCAUGGUCCCCCCCGACUACUGCAGCGGUCCCGUCUGCAGCGCAUGCCCUACCACUACUACGAACCCAAGGGGCCGGACGAGUGUGUCACCUACGUCCAGAAUGAGCACAGCCGCAAGGGCAACCACCACCGCUUCAUCACCGAGAAGAGGGUCUUCUCGUCCUGGGCGCAGCUGUACGGGAUCACCUUCUCCCAUCCCUCCUGGACCUAGGCCGCCCCGCCUGUGGGGCCCCCACACGGGACACAGGAGAAGUGGCUUUUGGCCCAGCCACGCGACCGAGGGCCACCCUGGCCAAUGAAGGCCGGCUGGCGUGUCUUCUGGCCAAUCAGGGCCUUGAAGAGGGUGUAUCCUCCAGCCGGGCAGGGCCUGGGAGCAUCUCUUGGCCAUCAGGGAUUUGGGCUUCUGUGUGGUUAGUCAGGGGUGUCAGGAAAUUUGUCCAGUCAGGGUCUGAGCAUAGUCAAUCAGGGUAUUUCUGAGUAAUGUGAGGCCAAGGACAUGUCCUUUCCCAUGAGGCCUUGGUUCCGAGCCUCAGGAUGGUCCCCAAAUCAUUUCCUAUUAGCUGGGACAAUGGGGUCCUGUUCCAAGGACCUGGGAACUUUGUGUUGGCCCCUCACUUCCCAGAGCCAGAAAGAAAGGUUGCAUGAGGAGUGGGAAGGGUCUGGAGGUCAGGCUGGGGCAGUUGGGGGUUGGAGGGUCCCAGAGGUGGGGGGCCGGUGUCAGUCUUGGCUCUGCCCUGAGUGGCCUUGGACAAAUCCCUUGUCCCCCUUUCUGGCAUCCUUCUGCCCAUGUCAGGUUCUAACGUGGAGCCUUGGACCCCCUCCCACCUCUCCCACUACUGCCUUGGGUCCGUCCUCCAUAAUGCUGGACCCCGCCAGCCAUUGCUGGGGGUCUCAGCUCCCUAGGGCCUGGGGUUCCCUUCCCCACCUCUUCCUGGAGAUGAGGGUAUUUUUGUGCAAACUCUCCCCGGUGAGCUGUCCACCUGUUGGAGGAGCCUUUGGGGCUGAGAAAGGGGGGGCCCCAGCCCAACUGAGGUUUCAAGCAGCCCCUUUGUCUGCAGCUGCUGGAGUCAUCCGGGUCUCCCUCCAGCGGGGCCUGGGAAAGCUCUCAUUCUGUAUCAGGCACUUUAUUGCUGGGCCUCAGCGGGGUGGGUUUGCCCCUUGCUCUUCUGAAGCCUGGAAGGGAAGACCAGAGGGCUUCCUGGAGGAGGCUGCAGAAUGGGAGGAGCUAGAAGAGGAGAAGGAGGCCAGCACAAGCCAUUGCACAUGGGGUGGGGAGUGGGGGCUGGUGACUCCCCCAGACUUGGUUUUGUAAUGAUUUGUACAGGAAUAAAUGCACUUACGCUCCA